CCUUUUUUGCGUUUGACGUGGCAUUUUUUAUGCUGAGAUGGACAAGCCACCUGGACAAAUCAUCCAGAUAAAAAAUGCUGACUGAAGAGUUAAGACAGAGAAAAUUAGUGGCUAGUUACCAGCACCGAAGACCGAACCCAUGGAAGAGAUGAUAGAGACCCAGCACAAAGCAAGACUCGCCAUUUUUGAACUGGUCAACAUGCUAAGCGUUCCUAUGUCCCUCAACGCCAUCGUCCGCCUCAACGUUCCAGACGCAAUAUGGCAAGGUGGGGCUAAUACCGCUCUCACCGCCUCCCAGAUCCUUGCGAAAGUUCUCCCCUCCGGCGGUGGGGAUGCCGAGAACCUCCAGCACAUCCUCCGUAUGCUCACUAGCUAUGGUGUGUUCGCGGAGGUACUGCAUGAUACUGACCGUGCGGAGAGAAAAUACUCACUAACUGAGAUCGGGAAGAUGAUCGUCACCGACGCCGACGGUCUUAUCGCCACCCCCUCAAACUUCGGAUUCCGCCAAAUCGACCCACUUUCGGCCGUCGAUCAGAUUCCCCUCCCUGAUCAGCGCGGGUUCAAGUUCCUCCAUUCAAGACAGCAAGCUUUUGUCGUUCUCUUCUUCUUCGGUAAUGGGUGUGAAGGAGCAAGGGCGGAGUCGGGUUUCUUCUACCUGUGUUGUAUUGACUGCUACAUAGCGUCUGGAACGUUGAGGCGGACGAUGGCGUUGAGGGACAUAGGAACGCUUAGCAUGUUGACCAGUUCAAAAAUGACGAGUCUUGCUCUGUGCUGGGUCUCCAUCAUCUCUUCCAUGGGUUCGGUCUUCGGUGCUGGUAACUAGCCACUAAUUUUCUCUGUCUUAACUCUUCAGUCAGCAUUUUUUAUCUGGAUGAUUUGUCCAGGUGCAGCAUAAAAAAUGACAGACGCA